CCAACGCCACCCCUAACAACUCUCCCAGACCAUCCAAUAACCAAAGCCGCAUCUCUAAAGUCCCCGAGACACAAUGGGCUUGUACCGAAAGCUGAACCCGAAUAUCGAGGAGGUGGAUGUUAUUAUUGCCGGCGGCAAGUUGAUCGUGCUGCACUAGUGGCGUCCUCGGGGCUAACCAGGGACAAUUCGUAGGGGGCACGGCAGGAUGUAUCUUAGCCGGUCGCCUGUCCGCGGCCGACCCGCAGCUAUCGAUCUUAGUCAUCGAGGGUGGCCGUGAUAACUACGAGGACCCUACUAUCGUGACGCCGGCGAUGUACGCCUCCCACCUCUUCCCUGGAUCCGAGACAGCGAUUUUCCACAAGACGGUCAAGUCGAAGGACCUUGGCAACAUAGAACGCAUCGUCCCCUCGGGAGGGGUGCUCGGCGGCGGAUCGUCCAUAAACUUCAUGAUGUACACACGAGCCCAACGCGAUGAUUACGACGCGUGGGAAACCCCAGGGUGGACCGCGGACGAGCUGUGGCCGUAUCUUAACAAGCUUGAGACCUACCAUGGCCCUGGCGACCCAAAGCACCACGGCUCCGAUGGCCCGAUACAAGUGUCCGGAGGCACAUUCCGCAGCACGCGUUUGGAGGACGAGUGGCUACGCGCCGCGGCGCAGGUCGGAAUCCCGGAAAUCGUCGACCUACAAAACCUCGACACCAACAACGGCUUCCAGCGCUGGCUUCGCUACAUCUCGCCCGAAGGCAGGCGCUCAGACACGGCGCACGCGUACUUGCAUCCCCGGCUGCGCGACGGCUUACAUCCUAACCUGCACGUCCUGGUGGAAUCAAGUGUCGUACGUGUUCUGUUCGACGAGGACAAGCGCGCUUGCGGAGUAGAGAUCGUGCCCACCUCGCGGCUCAGCGUUCACUCUAGCUCAGCGCCGCAUCCGAAGCAAACCGUCAAAGCCCGCAAGCUCGUUGUAGUAUCUUGCGGCGCCUGCGCCACGCCGUCCGUGCUGGAGCGAUCCGGAAUCGGCGCUAGGGAGGUGCUGGGCCGGGCCGGGGUUCCCUUAGUCGAAGACCUCCCCGGCGUAGGGAGCAACUAUCAGGACCACCACCUGGUGCAGUACCUAUACCGGACAUCUCUAGAGCCGCACGAGACAUGCGACGCCCUGAUUAAUGGAAGGUUGUCCGUGGAGGAGGCUAAAGCCCAGAACCACCCCCAUCUCGGAUGGAACUUUAUAGACCUCUCCUCGAAGCUCAGGCCGACGGAAGCGGAUGUCGCAGAGCUGGGGCCUGAAUUUCGGGCCAUGUGGGACAGAGAAUACAAGGAUCGGCCUAACCGACCGCUCACGCUCCUAGCGAUAGCCAGCGGGACUUUGGCCCCCGUUUCUGACUUGCCCCCUGAGCAAUACGUCUCGGCGGCAGCGUAUGCGGCAUACCCCCUCUCGCGAGGACAUAUACACAUCACGGGGCCCGAGGUCGACGACCCAGUCGAGUUCGAGCUUGGCUUCUUCAAAGGUGACGGCGCGAUCGACAUCAAAACGCAAAUCUGGACGUACAAGAAGGCACGGGAGAUCAUGCGGCGCACGAGCAUCUAUCGGGGCGAGGUGACGAGGACGCACCCUCGUUUUCCCGCGGGGUCGGCGGCGGCCGCCGUGGAGGAGAGGCCUUCGCAGGCGGGCGGAGGCGAGGGGCAGGAGGCCCUCGCCGACAUCGUGUACACGGCGGAGGACGACAAGGCCAUCGAGCAGUACCUGCGCGAGAACGUCCAGACGACGUGGCAUUCGAUAGGCACGGCCAAGAUGGCGCCGCGCGACCGCCUCGGCGUCGUCGACGCGAACCUCAGCGUGCACGGCGUCCGCGGGCUCAAGGUCGUGGAUAUCAGCAUCGCGCCCGAGAACGUGGGCGCCAACACGAACAACACAGCACUCAUGAUCGGGGAGAAGGCGGCGGACAUCAUCGCCAAGGAGCUCGGCUUGGUCGCCGCGAACUGACCGAUUGGCCCGGGGGGGCGAGCCUCUGAAUGUAGCCUAGGGGUUGCACAAGUCAACCAAAGCCGUGAGAGAGCGGGAUAGGCGAAGGGAUAACGGCAUAGCUAUGCAGAUAGGAGAUAGGAGGUAGUCUCGAAGGUUCUGUCUGUCAAACCACUCGUUCAAAAUAGUAUAGUUGUGUAGAGAUCUUAUCAACACUUCAGCGGCCCGUUAUUCCCCUUUCCUUACUACGCCGCCUCGGGCCGGCGAAAGGAGAGAUGGCAAUCGGAAGGACGAGGGGUCGUAGAGGUUACGUUACUAGACGACCCCGAGCCCUCUCGACGGGAACAUGCGACAGAAUCCAACGAUCACAUCAAGUCAGAAAGUCGUAGUGCCAUGGCCUCGUAUAUAUACCCAUAGAGAUAGGCCCGGCAAUCCCCGGUACAGAAGUAGAAAGGGAGGCGUUGGUACACAGCCCAUGUCGUCGAUGACCUGGGUGAAAAAGGAGGAAGAAGGAAAAGGGGAAAUAAC